CCUGGUGGUGGAUCGGGUUUUUAGCGCCAAGUUAAAUCGCCUCCUCCCUGAUUGUGAUGCUCCAGGAACCCGCCAGCUCAGUCUGACGAGUCGCCCCGGCCUGGACGCACACAGACAGCGACCUUCCCACUGAAUGACCCCCGCGCUUCCAGAACGAUACAUCACCGUUGCAUUGACGCGCAUAUAAGGGUGAACUUCAAGGAUCUUGAGGUUUACUCCGAAACAGCCACCGACCAGUCUGAGUAGGAUGCUAGGAAAACGGGAAGAGACAGAACCAGACUCUGCUGCUCCCGAGGCGCCGAAAGAAAAUACAGUACGGACGAGAAAGAGGAAGGCAGAUGUGGCUAUUUAUCUCACAGAUCUCGAUGAGGAGGUAGCAGAGAUGACCAAGAAGAAGCAGCGCGACUCUGAGGUGGUCUGGAGCACCGGCGCUGUUUGCAGCAGUCCUCAGCGAUGGAUCCCAACCCCGGACAACGAAGACGUGCCACAAGUCACUCUGAUCAACGCUGGCUUCCCCCAUUACAACUUCAAUAAUGUGUUUUCGACGCCUGUCCACUGCGCCCCCUUGCCGGCUCUGUGUUGGGCGAGCAAAGACGUGGUGUGGAAGAACAUGCUGAAGAAGGACAAGACGUACGUGCGGGAUGUCAACAUGAUGGAGAAGCAUCCUCAUCUGCAGCCCAAGAUGAGGGCCAUUCUACUGGACUGGCUGAUGGAGGUCAGCGAGGUGUACAAACUGCACAGAGAGACGUAUCACUUGGCUCAGGAUUACUUUGAUCGCUUCAUGGCCACGCAGAGAAAUGUGGCCAAGUCCACACUACAGCUGAUCGGCAUCACCUGUCUCUUCAUCGCUGCUAAAGUCGAGGAAAUGUAUCCACCUAAGGUGCACCAGUUUGCCUAUGUUACCGAUGAAGCCUGCACUGAAGAUGAAAUCCUCAGCAUGGAAAUAAUCAUCAUGAAGGAGCUGAACUGGAGCUUGAGCCCCCAGACCCCCAUCUCCUGGCUGAACGUUUACAUGCAGGUGGCUUAUCUGAAGCAGAGCAACGAGUUGCUCAUCCCCAGAUACCCACAGGACACAUUCACGCAGAUCGCUGAGCUGUUGGACCUGUGUAUGCUUGACAUGCGUUGCCUAGAGUUCUCCAACGGCGUCCUCGCUGCCUCGGCGCUCUUCCACUUCUCCUCCCUGGAGCUGGUGGAAACCGUCUCAGCCCUCAAGAGGUCGGAGGUGGAGGAAUGCGUGCGGUGGAUGGUGCCCUUCGCCAUGGCUUUGCGGGAACGUGAGGCGCCCAAGAUGAAAACGUUCUCUGGGAUAGCAGCUGAUGACAUGCACAACAUCCAGACUCAUGCGGCCUACAUGACAUGGCUGGAGAAGGCCCAUUCCUACCGGGACGUGGACUUGGAGAGCCAGCGCAACUGUCAUGUCCCGUCAGGUGUUCUCACGCCGCCCUUGAGCAUAGAGAAAACAGAGGAUGUGGGCCACGUGGAGGCCGCAGCUGUGAAGGUGAUACCGAGGAUGUGCUCCGCGUCCCCGCGGCACCAGCCUCAGCCGUGACCCAGGAGCGACUCCCACAUCUGUUGCCUUGAUUUUUGUCAUGGCCGAGCGCAAACAUACUUCGACGGAUGAUCACACCAUGUCCACGUCUGGCCAGGACUCCCAAAGAAUCUUUUAUUUUUCUUUCCCUGGAGUUUGGGUGAUAACUGUGACAGUACAGUACUAGACUGUCCAGUCAUUUUUUUUUUUUUGUUUUUUUUAGGAGGACUUUGCACCCAAAUGCCUGCUUUCAUUACAUUCCAUACACAGCAGUUCGGUUGCCAUUCUUUGAUUUUCUAUGCAGAGGGCAAAAGAAAAGGGCAUUUUCCAGAUUUCAAUACUUGACUGAGUGGGUGUGUUCCUCCCCCCCAACCCCCCUUCUUUUGUUUUUAUUUGUGUUUUUUAUAUACAGAGAGCAAUAUCGCCCAAAACUAUUAAUAGAGUCCUAAAGGCUCUGCGCUGCUAUAAACAUUGGGCUUUGCAUUGUGUGUGUGCGUGUAUAUGUAUGAAUGAGAGAAAGCAUGUUCUUUUUUUUUUUUUUUUUGUCGGUUCUACAGUUGUUUUUAGAAUUUAUUUCCAAUGCCAGGCCAUGUUUUGCUGAGGGACCAGUAGCUCGGCUACCCACCAGGACAGGAACAAGCCAGGCCUCAGAAGCUAAUGUAUUGAUUGUAUUUAACGUUUCAUCCUCCACCAUCAGACUUCUAUCUAC